GAAAGUAGAGAAACCCAAACAAGGCAAAGACAAUCUCUCUCUCUCUCUCUCUCUCUCUCUAUCUGAUGCGUGGACUUCUUCUUCUUUCCGAAAACUCGUUCUUCAUUUCAUGGAAAUCUAGAAAGAAGGGCAAAAGGCAGAGCGACAGACGAGGGAGAAAGACACACUUUUCUUUUUCUCUGUCUUUCCAGACAUAGAAAGUACGAGGAAAACAAAAAGGAUACGGACCCCAGAAAGAAAAAAGAGGGAGAGAGAGAUUUUCCUUUACCCAGUCGAGAUGGCGGGCAAGGACCAACCGCCGCCGCCGCCGCCAUUUCCAGGAAGGCCUACGGAUCCCACCACCCGCCCCUCGCUCGCCCUCCCACCGCGCGCCUCCGUUGACUCGGUCUUCACCGGCGCUGGCGGCGUGGGCGGGUCGAGCGGGACGGCCUGGGGUCUGAGCCCCGGCCCGAUGACCAUGGUCUCCCGCCUCCUCUUCUCUGACGGCGAGGACUGCAAGUCCUUCUCUCAGCUCCUCUCUGGAGCCGCCGCGGCUUCUCCAACGGCUCAGUGGCUCGGCUUCUCCCUGCCUGCGUCCGAGAAGACGGCCGUCCCCGGAGACUUGCGGUUCAAGCAGAGCCGUCCGAACGGAUUGGCGGUCUCGCAGCCGCCGCCGCCUCCGGCGGCAGUGUUCGCCAUACCGCCAGGGCUGAGCCCCGCGGCUUUGCUCGACACCCCAGGGACCUUCCCUUCUUUUCCGGGGCCUCUAGGAAUGUCUCACCAACACGGCUUCAUCAGCAUGGGCGCUCAAGCUUUGCAAGCUCGGCCUCAUCACGUCCAACCCGGGUAUGCAUCGGCAUCUUCCGCAACUGCCGCACUAUCCUUAGGAACGAUGCAGUUUCCGCCCUUCACAGUGGACGCAUCGAUGAUGAACCAGCGGACCUCAUCCUUGGAAGAGUCGAAAAUCGUCGAGACAGAACCCACUGACUUCUCUCACUCUGAUCAGAGACCUCCUGUGUCUUCAUUCGCAGUUGAUAAGCCGGCCGAUGACGGCUACAACUGGAGGAAGUAUGGUCAGAAACAGGUCAAGGGAAGUGAAUUCCCCCGGAGCUAUUACAAGUGCACGCACCCUAGCUGUCCCGUCAAGAAGAAGGUCGAGCGCUCUCUCGAUGGCCAGAUAACCGAGAUAAUCUACAAGGGACAGCACAAUCAUAAGCCCCCCAAGAGCAAUAACCGCGCAAAGGACUCUGAAGUCGGUUACGGGAGUUCGGAUGUUGAGGGAAGUUCUCAUAUUCCCCUCGCAUUGAUGCCUCGGGAUCAGGAGUCUAGCCAGGUCACGCCUGCGCACUUGUCCGGGACAAGCGACAGCGAGGAAGUUGGUGAUGCUGAGACUGGAGCAAAUGAUAGAGAUGAGGAUGAACCCGAACCAAAGCGACGAAGCAUGGAGGCUAUGGCUUUGGCUGCAGGAUCUUUGCAUAGGACCGUUACAGAACCGAAGAUAAUCGUGCAAACGACAAGCGAAGUCGAUCUUUUGGACGACGGCUAUAGGUGGCGCAAGUAUGGGCAGAAAGUUGUCAAAGGCAACCCUUAUCCAAGGAGCUAUUACAAAUGCACCGCUAAAGGUUGUAACGUUCGGAAACAUGUCGAGAGGCCUUCAAGCGACCCUAAAGCCGUCAUAACAACAUACGAAGGCAAACACAAUCAUGACGUUCCAGCUGCUAAACCGAGCAGCCACAGCGUCGCUAACAGCUAUGCCUCACAAUCGAGACAGCAACGGAAUGCAGAAGUCGAGAAAGAUGCCGCGUUCGGAACCAACGCGCAGCAGCUGACGGCCCAUUUACGCCUAAAGGAAGAACAGAUAACAUAAUAGGUUCCGCCGUAUGCACCCCCUGGAAUGUGGUGCAGCAAGGAUAUGCUUGUGAAGGAGGCUAAAACCAAAAGUUGAUUUUCUUUGCUUGAUUUUUCCUUUUCAUACCCGGAGGCUGCAGAUUUUGGUUGAUGCUAAUUGGUCUGAUUUGUGCAUAUAUCGAAAAAUAAAGGGGGAGAAAAAGUCCCGAAACAAUCUGCUUCAAGGGGGAAUCGCGAGUGACCUGGGUCCGAGCUCUGGAGGUACCGUUGUGCUGUAGUGUUAAAGUGGUAGACCUUGUAGGCUUGUUAACACGCUUUGUUUUUGAGAUUGUUUCACGGGGUUGCAUUCUUUCUGUACAUGGAAAUGUAAUUGCUGUCCACAUAAUUGUUUGGUGUUACAGAUGACUCAUUAGACUGAACUUUUC